GAACGGCGGCAGAGAGCCGAUCGAGGAUGAUGCUUACAGCGGCUCAGAAGCGCUUUCUCUCGGUGUUUAUUCACCAGGGGUCAGCGGUAUGGUCAGUGACACUGGAGUAAAAUGCACUGGGGCAGACCGGGUGUGCUGGUCGGCCUAGCUGAGCUCAGCAGCUGCUGCUCCUCGCCUUCGCUUCUCCCAUUUGUAUUCUAGGACAGUUUUUUGUAUUGCAACGUUAUUAUUUCCAGGUCAGAAUCUUAGUUUCCUGUGCGGUUUGUUUGUACUAAAAAUGGCCGGAGAUGGCGGCGCUCUGAAGGAUAUCAAUGAGAUUAAAUCCCAGUUCCGGACCAGAGAGGGCUUCUACAAGCUGCUCACCCUCUCGGACUCGCAGCAACGGGGCGGGCUGCCGCGGGGUCCCAACUCCUCUCCGGCAGGGUUCCUGCCGCCGGUCCGGGUCUCUAUGGUCAAACUGCAGCCCGAAGACCCGAGCGAGGAGUCGGAGCGGGUGUGCUUCAACAUUGGCAGGGAGCUGUAUUUUUACACGUACACCAACAUCAAGAAGGCUGUAGACCUCAGUAAGCCAAUAGACAAGAGAAUCUACAAGGGGACUCAGCCGACGUGUCAUGAUUUCAACCAGUAUUCAGCCACAGCAGAGAGUGUGGCUCUGAUCGUGGGUUUCUCGGCCGGACAGGUCCAGUAUCUUGACCCCAUCAAGAAGGAGACCAGUAAACUCUUCAAUGAGGAGAGGUUGAUAGACAAAUCCAAGGUGACGUGUCUAAAAUGGCUUCCCAAGUCAGAGAACUUGUUCCUGGCUUCCCAUGCCAGCGGCCACCUCUACCUCUACAACGUGGACCACCCAUGCGGCACCACGGCGCCACAGUACUCUUUGCUGCGGCAGGGCGAAGGCUUUGCCGUCUAUGCCUGCAAAACCAAGACGCCACGCAACCCACUGUUGCGAUGGGCUGUGGGUGAGGGGGGCCUCAACGAGUUUGCUUUCUCCCCAGAUGGCGUGCAUGUGGCGUGUGUGGGCCAGGACGGCUGCCUGCGUGUCUUCCACUUUGACUCGAUGGAGCUGCAGGGGGUGAUGAAGAGCUACUUUGGUGGGCUGCUGUGUGUGUCGUGGAGCCCCGAUGGGAAAUAUCUCGCCACAGGUGGAGAGGAUGACCUGGUAACCGUCUGGUCAUUUGCUGAAAGCCGUGUGGUAGCAAGGGGGCAUGGACACAAGUCCUGGGUCAACGUGGUGGCGUUUGACCCCUUCACCACCUCCUUGGAAGAUGAUGAGCCCAUGGAGCUUAGCGGCAGCGAGGAGGACCUCCAUCAGGGGCCACCAAAUAACUCACUGCACUUUGGCCGAGUUCGAACAAGCAGCACUUUGUCACGUCUUUCUCGGCACAGCUCUAAAGGUGGCGGUUCGCCAUCGGUCACGUACCGGUUUGGCUCGGUGGGGCAGGACACCCAGUUCUGCUUGUGGGACCUGACAGAUGACGUGCUGUAUCCCCGCCUGCCGCUGUCCCGGUCCCGCGCCUUCACUAACACUUUUGGACCCUCAUUGUCCAACUCUGGCAGUGGGGGGGUCAACAGCACGUCAGGUGGGGGAGGAAGUGGAGGGGUUGAGGGUCACCAUCACCCACCUAACACCAACACCGGCACCUCAAACCCACCAACUCUCCCCUUACCGCUUCCUCGCUCCCUGUCACGCUCCAACUCUCUACCCCACCCUGCUGUCGCAAAUGCCUCCAAGGGCCAGGGUGCCUCGGAGGGCAGCGGGGGAGGAGGGGGCGGCAGCAGCAGUGGAGGAAACAGCACCCCAUUCAGCAUCGGCCGCUUUGCCACGCUAUCGCUCCAGGAGCGCAAGUCGGACAAGUCAGGUGGCAGCGGCGGUGUAGAGAAGGAGCACAAGCGUUACCACAGCUUGGGCAACAUCAGCAAAAGCAACGAUAAGAUCAACGUGGCGCCGAGGAGCAACCGGCUGGACGCUGCUAAGGUCCUGGGCACCACGCUGUGCCCACGCAUGCAUGAAGUGCCACUGCUGGAGCCACUGGUGUGCAAGAAGAUUGCACAUGAGAGGCUGACUGUCCUGGUGUUCAUGGAUGACUGCAUCAUCACAGCCUGCCAGGAGGGUCUGAUCUGCACCUGGGCACGGCCGGGAAAGGCGAACUUGACAGCACAGAACGGGAACUCUCCGAGUGGCACCGUGGUAUAGCCGGAGGGGAAGCUUUGCCCCCAUCCCUCCUUCAUCUCCUCGUUCUUCGUUGUCUCCUCUGUGUCCGACACCCUCUCCAUGCAAAAAUGUCAAAUAUGGGGCCAACGACCAGAGACUGCACCCGACCUGCCACUGCAGUAUUAUACCUUCACUGUAGCUGCCUGUACCGGCCGUGACCCAAAGCCUGUCCCAGAUCACUUUACUCUAACGGUGGCCACACUGUGUGGGGAUACUCUUCCUGAAGCACCGGCACAUGCACUAUGAAAGUAUCACCACUUCAACAGAGUGAUGAAGUCUCCAAACAAAUACUUAGAGUUAACUGGCAGGUUUCCAGAUAGACCAUGGAUCAGGCCACAUAUUCCUGUCUGCGUCUGCCCCAUGUCCAAGAGCGUGGCGUCCAAACCCGGCCUGACAGGCUCAUCGUAUAUAAUGUCAGAAUGUAACUGAAUCUGUGCGGUGUUCUCCCCCUUAUUAGCUGAAGCAGACAUUUGUGUGCUCCACCUGUUCAACCUACUUGUACGAACACAAACCCGGCCCGAACCCUGGAGUACCAAUGGGCGUUCUGUUCAGGUACCCACGCUCUAACCUGAACAAAGUAAAGAUGCUAGCACAGUUAGCCAUUAGCUUUUCUUAUAUUUAGAUUCUUAUAUUAGUCCUCUUACCUAAAGAUACAUGAGCAGUAACUGCUUUUAGUGUUUUGUUCAUAUUUAAAAGCAUCAUGACUUCAGCUCUGCCUUCCCUCAGUAUUGUUUAUUUGUCAGCAGUCGUCCAUUUUUAAAGGGUUUGGUUUGCUUCAGCAGUUUAAUGAUUUAACGGUCACCUGCCCAAAACAAGCAACGUGUAUUCUGACCGUGAUGUAGCUUAAGAUUUAGACGAUUUACAUUCUUGGUAAGAAAUCUGAGCUGCUACGUGUCUGCAUCCUGAUGGUUUAUGCAGCAGGUAACAGGUGCACUGUGCUUCAGGAAGUCUUUCCCACCUUGUGCCACAGUGAGAAGAAAGUUUAUUCCCAGUGUUUGCCCCCCUCCCCUCCCCUUUAUCUGCAGAAAGACUGCAUCAAACAAGUGGUUUGUCCUCUCUGUGUGCAGCAGCAGUGUCAGGCUCAGUCUUCACUCCAGCCCCUCCUCGGCCGACCCCUCCCGUGUCCUUUCAUACAAAAGACGCUGCAGAAGCCACGGCUGUUGUAUUUAAGUUAUUUAUUUUAUCACAAGACUGUGUAGUAAUUUAUACUGUAAAUACUGAAAAUACUCUAUUAAUACAAAAAGGACAAAUGUGUAUGGGAACAAUGACAAGAAAAACCAGGAGAGAUGAAGAGUAUUAAUAUAUGAAGAUCCUUCUAUUGUACAUAACGACCACAGUUAAAACAUGAAUGUCUGCUGUUUUAGGGAGCUUGAAGAUGUCUGUGUUUCUCGUGUGUGGUCGCUGAGAGUGAGCUGGGUUUAAUCCGUUUGGGAUCCAGUGUGAGUCUUUAGAGCAACCAACCUGGGUCGAGCACAGAGAGCAAACGUGGACGUGGCUGCUGCCUGUACAUGUCAGGUCAACUGGUCCCAGUUUCACCAGUUCCUCUGAGCAGCAUCUUAAUGAAUCUCAUGAACAGUCACACACUCUUGCACAUUCCAAACAUGAACACACACACCAACAAUCCCCUUAUGGUGUAGCAUCACAUUCAGUUUACUGUGUCUUGGACUCCAUUCCUGUUGCACCUGAAUUGCCUCUUGCAAGAAUUUGCACAUUCCAUAAAUCCCUAGUCCAUCCUGAGGCGUCGUGGCUGACGUCAGGGGCUGCUUCUGUCUGGUUGGAUCCGAGCUCUGUGCAGAAACAGCUCCCAUGAACCCAUCGUUCCCUGGAUGACACAGAGGUGUGCAGCUGGACAGUGAACAGCUGUGUGUUGGGAUCUGGAUCCAUUCUUUGUCUUUAACUUGAUGAAAAUGAUGGUUUGGGUGUCAUUCAGACUCAUUCUGGUUCCAGUCCUGCUUAUUGAUUCUGGUUCUUGUUCAGCCUUUGUUCGGAUUCCUAGUAUGUUAUUCGAGUAAGCAAAGAAAUGGCAUUAAACCACCAAUGUUCUUAGCAGAUUUGUGCAGCCACAAUGUUUUGUAAUUAUUUUUGUUCUAAGGUAAAAAUGAACAACGUGAUAGCUUCCCCUUGUGCAUGAGUUUGAUGCUUGAAGUUUUACCUUUGUUUUGGACAAAUUGAUAAAUGCUCUGCUGCGUGGCUGACGACCGUCCUAGCAUAAAAACUGUGCUCUAACAUCCUGUCUGACCCUGUGUUCAUGUCAGCUGCUUUCUGUUUGGGAGGGUGACUGACUCACACACAAGCUGCUCAGACAGUUGCUCAGAGUAGUUGUUUCCAUCUGUGCGGGUUUAAGAGUCACUGCUCGGUGGGUCAGCUCCUAGAUGCUGUGAUGUUCUGUCCACCAUGUUGCACGCACGAUGCAUAAUGUAACUGUGCAGGACCAAAUGUUGUUUUCAGGAAUCGAUGAGCGGGAUUGAAAAAGCGUGUUUAAUACCAAGCCAAAAUUUGGAGCUGGUCUGAAUUCAGAGCCACUUAGAUAUUCACCCAACACCUGCUGAUGAUCAACACGUCCAUUUCCAAAGCUUCAGCCAGAGACAAAGGGCUGCAGAGGUGUUUCUGUUUUGUCCUGUUAGCAUUGCUCUUAUGUUGGAGAUGUGUGAUGUGUGAGAGCUCACAGCUCUGCUGAGUAUCAUGAUGAGCUCAUGGGCUCUAAGGCCAAAUCAGUGCACGUCACAAUGUGGACCUGCUCUUAUGAGACAUUAAAGGAAUAAUUCACCCCAUAUGAAAAUGAUCCAUCCUGAUGGUCUCCAGAAAUACUGAAGUUAACACAGACAAAGAACUUCUUCCAGACCGGUUGUGCAGCUUCAUCAAAGUAUUUUAUGGCCAGAUGUUUGACUCCUGCUGCCUGAUGAUUUCCUUUAUCUCACAAAGGGCUGUGUGACUUAUCUUUGUCCCUCAUUACCUCCCUGUUGUCAUGUCUCCUUUUAAAAGUGCAAACCAUCAUUAGCUCUGUUUAAAAAGUGCGUUUGUGUGUUUCUCUGUUUAACAGUUGAAAUUAAAUGUGAGCACUGAAGCUAAAGUCAAUCCCAAGAUAUAUUUGCGACAUUCUGAUGCACAUAGUCAGGAAAUAUUUUUAAUAAUAGUCUGGCUAUUGCCCCAAAUUCUCUCAAAUGCAACUCGGCAACAACAACAAACUAGUCCCCAGCCUGUCCGGGAGCAGAGUCUAUGUGGUAAAUGGUGAUUUACAGGAUGCUGCUGUUGAGCCACGGGACACUUGGAUGAUGAUGCACAAGCUGUUUGAAGGAAUGUGACCUUUUCAUCUUCUAUCUGAGAGAUUGUAAAACCUGUGGUGAAACACAGAAGACGACUAACUGUGAAGACAGCCACUGAGCUGUUGUGGUUAGUUGUGUUUUAACUUGUAUAUUUGCUGGCUGGAUGUGUGAGUCCCGUGCAGAUUUCCCCAGAAACUUGAAAAACAAAAGCUGCUCCUGAGCGGAGGGGAUGAAACAGAAGUGACUGCAGAUUCGGUGGCGUAAUAUUCCCUUUCCCUUUGUGUCUUUGUUUGGGUGUCUUUUCCAAAAGGGCGGCAACAAAAUCUUACUUGAAUACUUUAAAUCCAUAAAAGUGCUACUCGUUAGUUGUCAGUUGAUUUCUGUUACUCUGAGGGGUUAAAAAACCAGCCACAGUCAGUUUGUGCUUCAUCCUGUGAAUGAGGCUCGGCUCUGUCAGACACGUACUGAACCUUUGGUUUGAUUUUGGAGCAAAGAUACGUUUCUGGUUUGUUUUACUCUGUAACCAGCACCAGCUGUGACUGAGCAAACACUACACACUUUACAUUCACGGUUCAGACUAAGGGACAGUUGAAGUUUCCUCUGGCUGCAGAAGCACUGAUGACUGUGUGAACUGACCCCAGGAAAGACAAAGCUUUGGUGGCAGGAGCAGCUGCUGGUCUGCACAGCCGGGUGGCACAACUUGAGUAAAGCCAGUGAUUCACCUCUCACCUCUGUAGUUUGCUGUGUCCAGGCGGAAAGCAGAAAAACUCACAGCACUGAGUCGAGUGAAACCAGAACCUGAGCCAACACAAAAUAACUUGGGAGGCAGCAGCGAAGCGAACACGACCUGCUCGGGCAGAGUCUCCUGAUCAGCAACUAGAAGGCAAAUAUCAUUACAGACACCUUUCUUUGUGUUUCUUUAUGAUUUGACAUUUCAAGCUCUUUUUUUUACAGUUUGUCUUAUUUUUGUGUGUCUGCGUGCACGUGUAAAAUAUGCAUUCUGCAUUAUUACCACACAGUCGCCGUGCACAUUUACACUCAGCAUCACACACACUUUGACACACUUCACGCCUGUUGUGGUGGAGGUCACACAGGCAGGACGACGGCACUGUAUCCAGUUUGUAUAUGGAGAUCUGUUAUUAAAACGCUCAACUGAGAACAGUUGUGUGAUUGUGUGCUUGUACACUGUUACACUCCUGACACAAAGUCAACCAAAUGACCUAAAAAGAUAAAAC